AUGCCGCCACAAAGACAUUUGGAGGUAGUGAGUGUGAGAGGCAAAGAGCAGAAAAAUGCUUUAGCUGCUUUAGCUGCUAAAGAACCAAAGUUCUUUAACAUGUUGACAAAAGAAAGCCUUGAUGAUUGCCUCCAACAAUACAUAAAAAAUUUUGAAAGAGAAAAGAUCAAUGGUGAACAGCUGCUACACAUCACUCACCAAGAGCUUGAGGAACUGGGAGUUACUCGCAUUGGCCACCAAGAACUGAUACUGGAAGCAGUUGAUCUGCUUUGUGCAUUGAACUAUGGUUUGGAGACUGAAAACCUGAGAACUCUCUCUCACAAGCUGAAUGCCUCGGCCAAAAAUCUUCAGAAUUUUAUAACGGGUAGAAGGAGGAGUGGCCAUUAUGAUGGCAGGGCCUCCAGACGACUGCCAAAUGAUUUUCUUACCUCUGUAGUUGACCUGAUUGGUGCUGCCAAGAACUUACUAGCCUGGCUGGACAGGUCUCCAUUUGUCAGUGUGACAGAAUACUCACUGCUGAAAAACAACAUUGUUCAACUGUGCCUGGAACUAACAACCAUUGUACAACAGGAUUGUACGGUGUAUGAAACAGAAAACAAAAUUCUUCACGUGUGUAAAACCUUGUCUGGAAUUUGUGACCACAUCAUUUCACUCUCAUCUGAUUCUCUGGUGUCACAGUCAGCACAUCUAGAGGUAGUUCAUCUCACCAGCAUUAUGCCCAGUGAAGGUUUGGGGAUGUAUAUCAAAUCAACAUACGACGGGCUGCAUGUAAUCACAGGAACAACUGAAAAUUCUCCUGCUGACCAGUGUAAGAAAAUCCAUGCUGGUGAUGAGGUGAUUCAAGUCAAUCAUCAAACUGUGGUUGGCUGGCAGUUAAAGAACCUGGUAAAUGCAUUGCGGGAAGACCCAAAUGGUGUGAUUUUAACCUUGAAAAAACGUCCUCAGAAUACCCUGGUUUCUGCUCCUGCCCUUUUGAAGAACGUCAGAUGGAAACCUCUUGCACUUCAGCCUGUAAUUCCAACCAGCCCAACAAGCAGUUCCACAACACCAACAAGUACAAUGGGCAUGUCCUCCAAAAUGGAAAACUCAGCACUGCAGGAUGUUUACAUUCUUUCUCCAAUGUCAGGACUUUAUGGCCCCAGGGAUGAAAUUGGCAUAAUGUCUUGUGAUGACAUCAGCAAAUUUGGAAAAUCUGCAAUGAAAGGCUCUGAGUCUCCAAAUUAUUUUCUUGAGCAUGAAAGUGGUAAAUACUACACGUUAAUUGAAGGUGAAGGCCACCCUGUAGGCUCUGAAUAUGAGAGAAGCAGAGCUGCAGGGGUGCGGAGAAGAGAAAAAACACCCACUCACGGUGAUUUAAGACCUGUUUCAAUGCCUACUGACUACAGUUGGAUAGGGGAAUCAAAGGAACAAAACAUAUACAAGAGAGGAAGCCGUGACUCUGAGAAUUCACUUCUGCGGUACCUGAGUGAUGAUAAGAUAUUGGUUAUCCAAGAAGAGCCUUUGACACAGAAAGACAGCAAAAGAGACACAGGUCGUAGGUCAAGAAAAAAAGGCAAAAGUGCAAGCAGUCCAAACUACCCUAUUAGUCCAUCUGUGUUGACAUCUACUGUUAACGUUAGGCUUGAACCAGGACAGCAAGAAAUCUUGAAUUUCGCGCUAGCAGAAAAUAAUACUGUUCCACUUUACCACAGAGCAGGGGACACAGUCAGUGGAGAUACUGAAAGAUAUGCUAGUUCUGCCAUUGACCGUCAAGGAAGUACAUCCAUGAGGAAGUCAUUCCAUUACGCUUCUCUCAGGGUAAAAUCCAGAAAAUGGUCGAAAGGGAGCUCUCUGACGAGUGGAAGCAGAAGACGAAUUUCCUGCAAAGAUUUGGGGCAUGGAGAUUGUGAAGGCUGGCUGUGGAAGAAAAAGGAUGCCAAAGGUUACUUCACACAGAAAUGGAAAAAGUACUGGUUUAUUUUGAAGGAUUCUUCCUUGUACUGGUACACAAACCAGAAUGAUGAAAAAGCAGAAGGAUUCAUUAGCUUGCCUGAGUUCAGGAUAGACAGAGCAAUUGAAUGCAGAAAAAAACAUGCAUUCAAAGCGUGUCACCCCAAAAUAAAGAGUUUCUACUUUGCAACAGACUGUCUUGAAGAAAUGAAUAGAUGGAUGAAUCGUCUGGGUCUCGCAGCAAUUGGUUACACACCUGAUGACAAGGAUAUUCAUCCUGAUGAAGAUUACUGGAGUGAAAGCGACCAGGAUGAUGUUGAUGGCUCUUUAACCCUGAAGCAGGAAGGCUCCUCAACACUGUGUGACACCUAUCACCGAACACCUUCAGUGACUUCAUCAAGUCCAUUCCCUGAAGCCAAACAUGGACGACACUUCUCAAGUGAAUCAACAUAUUCCCAUUCUUCUGCUGAAGAUUCUCGACAAGAGGUCGCAGGAAGCACACAUUCAUCAGGAUGCAGACCUCCCUACCGAGAAAGACGCUCGUGGCAGGAUCUGAUAGAGACUCCAUUAACCAGUUCAGGGCUCCAUUUUCUCCAAACUGUUCCUCCUGAUCCAGAAUAUGUGAGCGGUCAGCCUGGGAUGUCACCAGAAAGACGAAGACAGGCAACAUUGCCAGUACAGAAGCGUCAUAAUUAUGAACAGGAUGGGCCUUUCCCUUUAGUGGAAUGUCAGAGAGGACAUGGCUCUCAUAGCAGGCCACAGAAGCAACGCAGUCAAAGCCUUCCACGAAAUAGAGAUGUCAGGGGUAAGGGGCGUGUGAAGUCCAUAGAAGGAACAGAGGACAUCUUGGAAGAGAAAAUUCCUAUCAGAAGGCAUAAUAGUUUUUGUGCAGAAGAAGUCAUAAAAGAAACUGGAGAAAAGUUAGAUGGUCUACAAGAGCUUUAUAAGUCUCUGGAAGAAGCUAGUUUGUCAGCUUUUGGAGAACAGCGUCCCUCCACCAAGCAGGAGUUCCGCAAGUCUUUUGUGAAGCGAUGUAAUGAUCCAGUUAUCAAUGAAAAGCUUCACCACAUCAGAGUACUCAAGAGCACUUUAAAAGCAAAGGAAGGGGACCUCACAGUUAUCAACAGCCUUCUGGAUGAUCCCAACUUGACAUCAAAGAAGUUUAAAGAUUGGAAACUAAAGAACUAUGAGUUCUUCCUGGACGUUUGUGAGUACAGUGCUGCUCUGAAAUCUCAAAACGGAGCCUCUGAACUUGCAACCUCAGCACCAAUGCUGACACAUACACAUUCAUUCAUUGAAACUCACGUCUGACAGGACUCGUAUCAUGAAUAAUUGCUGGGUGCCAUGAAAAAUCAGUAUGACAAACACUGUAAUAUUUAUAAAUAAUGUGCUCAGCAGUACUGUAAAUAAGUUGGAUAAGAGAAUAGUGCCACAGGAUGCCUACUACAUUGCAUGAUAAGACAAUAAUAUUCUUUAUUAUUUUUUUUUGUUUGCUAUUAUCAACCAAUGUCCGUAUAAAGCUCUGCAUUAGAAAGAAGCCGUGCAGAAGUGUAACUGAAAACAAGCACCAGUAUAAAGUACUGUACUAAAAUCAAGCUUCUAGUAUGAGCUCCUGCAAUCAUUUUAUAUAUUUAGAUAUAUUUAAAUAUAUCUAUGUAUAUAAAAUGUAACGCAAUAGUUGGUAUUUACUUUUUAAAUGCUCUACAGUUCACAUUUUCAUGUUUUUCUUGAGAAAAAUAUAAAAUGAAAACAUAAAGACAUUGGACAGUCUUAGAGAUGAACAAUUAUUUUUGCUACAUUUCCAAGUAGUGACCAUCUUUGCAAAUAAAAGGACAGAUUUAUCAAAAUGUAAACUCAAUCCCUAUAAGUGUGCCUUAAAAUGUACACUGUACAUCUAGCAAAUAGAUCCCAAUCUGGCCCUAUGGGCAUACAGUAUGGGCCAUUUAGAUACUGUGUUUGUAAAAUACUGUGCCUGCCUUUAAAAUGAAUGAAUAAGUGUGUAGGUGUGGCACAGAAGUUAAGAUAUGAGUAGAACAAUAUUGGUUGUUCACUAAUGCUGCAACUUACGCUGCUUUUAACAUAAUUUGAAAUAUUUCAUGGUGAAAGAAAAACAUCUGCACUGAAUAUGGCACAUUCUGCAGGUUUUCACAGUUUCUUCACUGUGAAUUUAAGUGACGCAUGCCUGUGAGUCACACAAUUCAAAAACCUGUGAUGCUAAGGAUAACUAUUAAGUAAAAGAAAUCAAAAACUAAACCAAUCAAUUGGAUUCUGCAACAGACUGGCAGCUGAAGUGGAGUAGAUUAUUCAAAAUUAUAAUAAUGUCUGGCAAUAAUUUUUAACUGUUCGUAGUACAUCAGCAAGCAGGUGAAGUUGUUCAUUACGUCACUUGAAAAAACCAGUCCGUAUUGAUUGGUUUUGUAAAGACACACAGGUCACAUCAUGUAUUUCACUUCCUUGCUUGGAUCAGAAUGAAUCGGAGCUUGGAGAAAAUACUUAAAUUCUUGAAAAAAAGAUUGCUCUGAAUGUUACUGAACAUAAGUUUCCAACACAGAUUCACAGUUUUCUUUGACUAUGCUUGCUUGAAUAUUUCUAGAAAGCAGGACAAAGGAGAUGUGAAUUCAGUUGAUGUCAUUUUACAACACAGAUACUCACUGAUAAUUUUCCACUAUAUAAACCUGUCUCUCAUAUACCAAGAACUGUAAAAUUCAUACAAUUCAAUAUAACAUAGGAAAAAAUGUUAUCUCAAAGAGGUUCUAGUGUCCGGAAAGAGAUUUAGUAUUCACAGAUACUUAAAGAUGUAAAAAUGGGUAGAGGUAUUCUGUUUGUUUAGGACAGUGUCCAUCAAGUUAACAGGGAGAAAAGCUUGUGGGCCAGAAUAAAGACAGAAAGAUCACUCAGCAUUUAUAGACUCAGCCUGUGGAAAACUACUUAAAUUAAUUGUUCAUUAAAAUUAGAGCAAGAUAAUGAGCAGCAAAGACAAAAUUAAAACCACCUUCCCCCACACUGUCCCCCUUCUACACAGGCUUAACUUUCCUUUCCUGGCUCUUCUGUCUCCUCCCACUCUGCUCAUCUUGAGGAUGGGGAAUGGAAGGCUGUGGUCAGUCUAUAACAUUCCAUCCCUGCCACUCUUUCUGCCUCACCCUGUAUUCCUCUGCUUCAGCAUGGUGCCACUCCCAAAGAUACUGUCCUUGAUCAGCCUCCAGUAUGGGUCCUUCCCACAGGCUGCAGUUCUUCAGAACUACUCCAGGAUGAGUCCAUUCUGUGAGAUGCAGUCCUUCAGGAGCUCACUGCUCCUGCUUGUUUCCUCCAGGCUCCUUUGUGGGCUCCCCACAGGUUGCAUCCUUCAUCAAGGCACAUCCAUCCACUGCUCCCAGCACUCCUCCACAGGAUGCAGGAGGAUCUUUGCUCCAGUGCCUGAGAACAUCCCCUUGCUCUCCCUCCUCUGGUCUUGGUAUCCGCAGAUUUGUCUCUUUGAUUUUUCUCAUUCUCUUGCAGAUGGUGCACAGCAUUUUUUGUCCUGUCUUAAAUAUGUUACCUGCUGUGCUGAUGGUUGAGCUUUGGCCAGCGGUGGGGCUUUUCUGCAGGAUGGCAGAAAGGCUCUGUCCUACAUGAGGACAGCCCCUUGCUCUGUUCUCACACAGCCACUACUGCAGCCCUUCUGCUACCAAAACCUUGCCCUGUCAACUCAGUAUAGCCCUGAAGAAACACAACUCAGAUUUGAUUUUUAUUAUCAUUUUCUUUGCAUUUAUUUGAACCACAGUGGGUACAGUUUAAACAAUCUAGAAUAGUAUGAGAUGUUAUUAGUAGGGAUCUGUUACUUGACAGCUGUUUUGAGUUCUUAUCACAGAAGCAGCUGAGUCACAGCAUCACUGCAGCAAAAACAAUUAGAUAAAACACGCAACAUGAAGGCAUAUUUGACUUGCUUUAGCAAAUGAACUAUAGACUUGUGAGUCACCGAAGACAGUGGCUCCUUAUAUGCAUGCAUCAGAGCGGAACAGGAUCAUGUUAUACAUAUCAUACUGGAUAUUAAGCAUACACUGAAGGCUCUAACACCUGAGGUCAUAAAAAAAACAUCCAGGAAAUAGAGAACAAUAAUUUGUCGUAAAAAUUAGAGUUGCAGUAUUCAUGCAAAAUGAAAAACUGUUUCAACAUAUUUGUUUGUAUGUGAAUGCUGUAGUUACUGAAUAAUUGAAUAGCAAAAGCAUUAACAGAGGGAAUUUAUCUAACUUUUUUCAUAGCAGAUCUCCGAAAGAUAUUUCACUAUUUUUUAUACCAUUUUUCAUCUAAUAUGGAAUAAAUAACAAACAUUGAUGCAAGGAAAUGCAUAAAUUAUACAAACCAUUCAUAAACCAAUUCAUACUUUAGGUGUAAGCAGUCACUGCUAGAUGGUCACCAAACUAAGUAGAUAAAUCUUUCUAUAUUCAAAAACAAAUGUAAAGUUUGUAAGAUUUAAGUAGUAUUGCUUGUACUUACAGCAAGCAAAAUCUAAUUUUAAAUUAAGCAACACAUUUUGUUCUUUCACAAAGGCUAGCUGACAAGAAUUUUUACAUACUUCUUGCAUGCAUACUCAACUCCAUACUAAAGCUCUUCCUUCCCCACCACUAGUUUUUUCUUUCUGCAUCUAAGUACAAAUCCAGCUGAACUACAGAAAUCAAUGCACAAAGUCAUCAUAGAGCAAUUAUUUGGAAUUUCAUGAUCUUCAAAAUGACCUGAAUGAAAGGGCAACAGAGAUAUUGUAUCUAAAAUCCAUGUACCAAAUCCAAAUAAGUCAGUUUCUCCUGGACCCAAAGGUACUCUAACUCUGUACAAUGCAGCUGAAAUUAUUAAGAUAGCUGUGAUUACAUAAUGUUUUUAAAUUAGGAAAAAAAAGUUUCCUGUUGAGUUCUUCAAGGGAAAUAAGCAGCAUCAGUAGAGUGCAUUUAUUUGCGUCAUAGAUUUUCUGCCUGCCUGCUUAAACAAAAACUGGUUCUUACCAUAUGUAACUCCAUGAAGAGAUGUUUUGGCUGUGUAUUAUUUAUCCAGAUUGAAGUUAGCCAACUUAGUGUCUUCCGUCAGAAUUCCUGCCACUUUUUUUUUAAGCUGCAGGAGAAAUGUCCCUCAUUCAUCACUCUCUGUGACUUCACAAGCUUAGUCUUUUUGUUUUUAACAUACAUUUCUAUAUACCUGAUUUAAUGCUUGCAAUAGAUCAUUGCUUCCCCUUCUUUUUAAUAUACUGUUCUGUAUCCAUUGAAUUCUUUGUUGAAAACUAUCUUAGAAGCCAUCUCAGUAGCACUUGCUGGGAAUACUGGGGCUUUUUUCUUGAUUUCACAGAUGUUAGGCAACAACUUUCCUGAAUUUAGUCUUGUUAAUGUCAACAAGAAGUAAUCAGAAGAGGAGGAGGUACUUAGCAGUCUGUGUCCCCAAAUUCUUUGACAGAAAUAAGAUUGUGAAAAUACUGGCUCCAUACUUGAAGCCAGGACAGGUAUGAUUCUGUUUGUCCUCACCAAAAUCAACCUGUGUUGUAUUGUGCAGGGAAUCUGCAUCCUACACAAAAAAGCCAGUUACUUUACUUCACUGGCAAAACCCAUCUUACAGCAUCUUCUGCUUUCUCAAAUACAUCACGAGCACUUCUUGCUCUGCAUUACAUUUUAGUGCCACAAGGAGAGACUGAUCAAUUGCUACUAAAAUGUGCUGGAGGAUGUGAUUUGAUGCCUUUUCCAAGCAGGGAAUUCUGAAUGUGAUCAGUCAGUUUAUGCUCAGAUCCAGACUGCUAUCUUUUCAGCUGGUAAUGUGCUGCACUACUUGCUUUUUUGAAGGAAAAAAAAAAUGUGUUGCAGAGAAUUGCUAGAUGUAUGGCCUGCUAAAUUCUUACUGUCAUCAGCAAUUACAGCUUUCCAGACCAAAAUAAUUAUUCAAUUCAGAGUUUAGUGAAGGAUUGCAAAGGGGUUGCAAUUGAAGGGGUUACUUCACUGACACACUGAGAAUUGCUCAGAAAAAUCUGUUUGUAGUACACACAAGUUCCUGUAGCAUAUUGUUAAAAUAAUGUAGCAUCUUGGUUUCGCAAUGGGUUGUUCAUUUCUGCUUAACUUUUCAAAUAGGGAAAUCAAACAGAAGGGUAUAAAUUGCUCCAAAAGCAAUGCCUACUAUUUAUUUCCGUGAAAAAGACAACAAAGAGUACAGUAAGACAAUUUGAUAGAGCAAAUGCUCAGAUACAGGACACUGUUCUUCAACACCAUUAGCCGAUUCGUGCAGAUGAACUGGUGAGGACACUUCAUCUUGUGGUAUGACAGCUGAGCAUGGCCAUCCAAAAUAGGGCUUGUUUUUCAUACUGCUGUCACUGCUGCUGAAAUGCACCACCCACUGUCUCACUGUGCUCACAUCCUCGCCUGGGUCUUCAGAACAUUCAGUAAGUGUCAAUGAACAUCAGUGGGUUUCAAUUCAAUCAAUCAGUUCUUUCUGCAUGGAGGAAUUCAAUUCCACACCUUUGCUUCAUAGUCAAUUCCUUACCAGACUUCUUUUUUUUUCAAAC